CAUCUGUGGAGUCUCUCGGAGAGUCUAGGAGGAUGGAACAGCCUCUGCCUGUGCUUGUAGCUCUCAUCCUGGUGUUGGUCUGCGAAGGACAUGGCUGGACGGCUCCGGACUUUUGCCAUCAGCAACAAUGUCCUCAAUACAAACUAGUUGCUACAAACCAGGACUUUGAGGAGCGUUUGUAUGUGGCCACUGACUGGAUUACCACCAAGAUAGAGAGCGCUAUGGAUGGUGAUGUGAUGGCAGCAAGCUCAAGGCUGAAGGAUUACUGCCAGAGACAGAAGGAUGCAGGUUAUGAGAUCCCUGUUGACUCCUGGCCCGCACUGAUCACCAUCACAGAAGGAGGAGACGGUCCUGAUUUGUCCAUGUCCUGGUUUCUUCCUCCUGGAACAACAAAGCCUGAUAACACGGAUCCAUCAGUCCAGCUGCAAAGCAGACCUGAGGCCACUGUCUAUGUCAGAGUGUUCGAUGGUGCUCCGAGCAUCAGGAGCGGUCAAGACAACAUGGAGAUGCUUCGUGAGGCCUUGAACAAAGCUGGGAAAAGCUUUGACCCCCACACUUACACCGGGGCUGGCUAUGAUCCCUACCUCUCUCUUCAUCACCACAACGAGAUCUGGAUCUACGCUGCCUGACGACAACAGGUGACAUCACCUGUAACACAGUAAACUGUUCAUCACACAAUCACUGUGCCUUCUCUGUAUUUAUCCUCUGAAUCAAGCUCCACUUUUCUGAUAGAAAGCUAAGUAAAACGCAACAGAAUCACAGGCACUUUUCACAAAUUCUGCAUUCUGCCUCAGUGCUGAAACAAACAGACAUCAUGUGUCCAGUCAACAGACAGACACGCUCAAGAUUCUUCAGUUGCAUAAUGAAAACCCGUCUGAGGAAUGUUUCUCCUUUUUCUGUGGUCUCAUGAAGCUUCUGCUGGAAAUUUUAAAAAGUACAGUUGACAGUUUUGAAUCUUUUGGUUAAAAACGUAUCAUGCUGAAUAGGAUAGGAGUCAGAAAUCAGGAAACUGUCAGUCUUUAUUUAAGAUGUGGUUGUGUUCUAAAUAUCCUCAUGAAUCGAGAGCAGAGUCCCAACAUGAGUCUUUAAUUUAGUUUUAAAUGUUUUGUUUUAACAUUUAUUUUUUAAGCAGGAAAAAAGUGGUGGGCAAUGGGAUCAAAGUUUUUGUUUCUUUGCUUUUUUUCCCACGUUCAUAUUCUAUACUGUUUAAAAAUAUGUGAUGAAAAAUAGCAUGUAUAUUUGUUGAACAAAUAUUGAAAAUAAAGCAAUUUUCCAAGCAAA